GAUGAAUGCACGAGGGAUAAGAAGGAGAGAUUGAUCAAAAUUGAUACGCUGUUGGAAGAGAAGAAGAAGGAGCUUGAUGAAGCUUGUCAAAUGAAUUUGGCAAGGAAGGCUGAUAUAGAGCAGUUGACGAAAAAUUUAGAAAGGAAUGUCAGUGAAUUGGAUUCUCUUCGUUGUGAAUUGGAAGCAAAGAAGGCCGAAUGGCAAGAAGAGAAACGAAUGUUGCAGGAAAGGUGCUUGACCGUGGAAAGUGAUCUUGAAUGUGAACGUGAUCGAGCUGCAAUAAACAAAAAAAACUUCGAAGAUGUCCAGACCGGCUUACAAGAGUUGGGUCGAGUUAACCAGAAUUUACAGCGGCAUAUGCUUGAGAGGCACAUAUCGGCUUUAAAGACUAACAUCCAUGGUUCCGGCGCUUUUUCUGUAUCGUUUCAUGCAAAAUUCUCAAUUUUUCAGAUGGACUACGCGAGACAGAUGUCACGUAAAUGGUUGGAUGAUUCGGAGGUGACAAACUGCCACGCUUGUAACAAGCAGUUUACACUGACAGUUCGAAAGCAUCAUUGUCGGCAGUGCGGGCAGAUCUUUUGCGCCACAUGUUCAUCAUUCACUGCACAGGUUGCUUCAUCCAAGAGUCCAGUUCGUGUAUGCAGUGCCUGUAAUGAAGAAAUUAUGCAUCGGUAA